CAAAGAAUCAAGACACUGUUGACAGACUUGAGUGAAAACGAACCAUGAGAGACUGUUUAUAUCUUUUCCUCUUUAUGCUUCAUUUCAGUACAGGCUGUAUUGUUUCAAAUGAGCAGCAGACAAUAGUAAUAACAGGAUACACAGGUGCUUCAGUUGUGCUGCCCUGCUCCUGUGCUGACCCUCAGUCUACAGUCAGCACAUUCACCUGGCACUUUCAGCAGGGAAAUCAAUGGAUUCAAGUAUUUCAAGAUGAGAAAUACAGCGGCAGACUUGUGCUGUUUGAUGAACUUUCUCCAACAAAUCUGUCUCUUCUCAUUUCUGACCUCAGAACGAACGACCAGGGCUACUAUAGAUGUAUGACCGAAACAAAUAUUUUUACAGAUGUUGUCUUAAAUGUUAAAGGGUGUGAUUUGGCUGAGAACAGAAGGACAGUUGCAGUGACUGGAUAUUCAGGAGGGUCUGUCCUUCUGCCCUGUUCCUGCACUGAACUACUGGCUAAACCUGAACACAUACAGUGGAAAUAUUUAAAAGGAAAUCAAUAUAAAGAAAUUUACCCAAAUAAACAGAUUGAGAAUUACAAGAACAGAGUCAAAAUGUUCAAUCCAAACACUCCAGGAAAUCUUUCUCUACACAUAUCAGCACUGACCACAGAGGACCAAGGGGACUAUCAGUGUUUUGUCUCUUCUCAGCAAAGGGUCUUUGUCAGACUUCAUGUUGAAGAGAAAACAAAAGUCUAUACAAUCAGUUUAUCAACACAUCAGCUGUCACACCAAACACAAGAACUUCCACCACCACGACAAUCACACCACACGCCACAGUAUGUUUUCAUUUUAGUGGCUGUGUUUUCUGUGGUACUGUUACUGGCAUUUCUGGCAUUAUCUUCUAGAUAUGGAGAGGAUGAAGUGCCAUGUUCUGAUGUAGUCUAUGUUAAAACCAUCUACACCAGCUCAUGCACAGAAUGACCCAUAGCUCCCUGAGCAUGUCAAUACCCACGCUAAAAAUUCUUGAAAACAGGAUUUGUUCAUUUUAAACCCCAGAAUUCAUAUUCACAGUGUUUCAUGGAGCUUAUUAUCCUUGCAUUUUGAGAAUAUACAUCUACAAAAAGACGCCUGAUUCAAAGUGGCAACCACUGAAGCAUGAAAAAUAAUUCUUGUCUAUACAGUAUUAACUGUAUGUCGAAUAUAUUGAGUCUGUAAUUGAGCAUUUUUGAGUGACUUAUUUAAACAGCCAUGUGUUUUAUGUAACAUGUUUGGUAAUUGUUUGAAGCAAAAGCAUUAUGCUAAAAGUCUUAUAAUGUCCUGCUUUCUGGCAAACUAAAAAAAAAGGUCAUAAUCAUUGUCAUGUAAAUAAAGAAACCCUGCUGUUAAAUGGACUAUUGGGUGAGGGUUGAAAAGAGUGUCAACAAGAAUAGAGGAACAAGGAAGAUGUUUUUCUGUCUCUGUCACUAUUGUGUGUGUUUUCAUCAAACCGUUAAGUUGGUUUUGUUGUACAGUACUUCAGCUAAAUAAAAAUCUAAUUGUUUUGACUA